AUGGCACCCAAGAACUGGACCAAGGAGCACUUCACGCUCAACACUGGCGCCAAGAUCCCCGCCGUUGGCCUUGGAACAUGGCAGUCGAAGCCUGGUGAGGUCCGCGAGGCCGUCAAGGUUGCCCUCCAGUCUGGCUACCGUCACAUCGACACUGCUCUUGCCUACGGCAACGAGAAGGAGGUCGGCGAGGGUAUCAAGGACUCCGGCGUCCCCCGUAAGGACAUCUGGGUUACGACCAAGCUUGACAACCCCUGGCACAAGCGCGUCGAGGACGGCAUCACCAGCUCGCUGAAGAGCCUUGGCCUCGACUACGUUGACCUGUACCUCAUGCACUGGCCCUCGUCGACCGACCCCGAGGACCUGAGCAAGCACUACCCCGACUGGGACUUCCGCGAUACUUGGGCCGAGCUUCAGAAGCUCCCCGAGUCCGGCCGCGUCAAGAACAUCGGCGUUUCCAACUUCGCCAUCAAGAACCUCGAGAAGCUCUUCGCCGACUCGCGCUUCAAGACCACACCGGCCGUUAAUCAGGUUGAGCUGCACCCCAACAACCCUUCCCCUAAGCUCCUCGACUACCUCAAGCAGAAGGGCAUCCACGCCACCGCCUACUCCUGCCUGGGUUCCACCGACUCGCCGCUGUACAAGAACGAGGAGCUCAAGAAGCUCGCCGAGAAGAAGGGCAAGACCGUUCAGCAAGUGCUACUUGUCUGGGGUCUUCAGCGCGGGUCCAGCGUGAUUCCCAAGUCGGUCUCUGCGCAGCGUAUUCAGGCCAACUUCGAGCUUGACGGCUGGGAGCUUACAGCAGACGAGGUCAAGGUGAUUGACUCGCUGCCCGAGCGCUUCAAGGUCUGCGGCGACUCUUGGUUGCCGGUCAAGGUUUUCUUUGGCGAUGACGAGUAG